AUGACCGAGCCCAGAAACUUCUACAUCUUCGGCAGCGGCAUCUCCUUCAGCGUCUCCCCCACAAUCCACAACACAGGGUUCACCCACCACGCCCUCCCCCACACAUACACAAUCCACGAAUCAGCCAGCAUAGAUGAAGUCGCACAUCUAAUCCACGCUCCCUCCUUCGGCGGCGCAAGCGUCACAAUGCCUCAUAAACUGCAGGUGCAUAAAUUCUGCACCGAGGUGUCUGAGACAGCAAGGGCAAUUGGCGCGAUUAAUACACUCAUCCCGAUAUGUAACGGCAAUGGUGAGAGGAGUAUUAUAGGCGAUAAUACGGACUGGUCGGGGCUUUAUGUGAUUAUCAAGAAGUACGCAACUUCAACAUCGGGGCAAGGACAGAGGAAUUCUCUAAAAGCUGGUCUGGUCAUAGGUGCAGGCGGCGCAUCGCGAGCAGCUCUAUACGCAAUGUACAAGGCUGGCGUGGAACACAUCUACCUCGUUAACCGAACCCAGUCCAUCGCCGAAAAGGUCCGGGGCGAUUUCAAGGGUACGUUCAAUAUAACCGUUAUCCCUGAUCUCUCAGGGUCAUCUCUCCCUGAAUCCCCGGGUGUUAUUAUCGGGACUGUUCCUGCUGAAACAACAAGCGAGGAGCAAUUCGGCUCUUUGUUCAAAGAGAGGAGUAAGGGGCUUUGUAUUGACAUGUCGUAUAAGCCGCGGCAGACGCCGUUGUUGACUGUCGCGCAGAGGCAUGAAGGGUGGGCAACUGUUACCGGCGUGGAGGUUCUGCUUGCGCAGGCGUUUGAUCAGUUCAAACUGUGGACGAGUCUGGAGCCCCCCAGGGAGGAGAUGAUUGAGGCUGUGUUGGCGAGGGAGGUGGGUGUUGGAAGGGGUUCCUUGAGUAUGCUCUAG